AGACCUAACUUCAGCACAGUAAGAUAAACUCCCUUUCUCUCUUUCUCCGCCGCUCAAGAAAUGUCCAUCGCCGUCGCUACCGCCGCCGCCGCCGGCGUAAACAUGUCCAGACUUCUCGCAUCUCCGACGACAGUCUCUCUCCUCUCCCACAAAACCAUCCGCACGUCCUUCUCUUCUCUCUCUUCCUUCUCCGCCUUCCCAACCACUCUCCGCCGCCGCAUUCCAGCAACAUCUCUCAAAUUCUCCACCACAACCAAGAUCUCCGCCGCAAUCAAUGUCGGCGACAGGCUUCCCGAAUCCACCCUAUCUUACUUCGACGACUCCGACGAACUCCAAACAGUCACAAUCUCAGAUCUCACCAAAGGAAAGAAAACCGUCCUCUUCGCCGUCCCCGGUGCCUUCACGCCGACCUGUUCUCAGAAACAUCUACCUGGAUUUGUAGAGAAAUCAGCUGAAUUAAAAGCGAAAGGUAUUGAUACUAUUGCUUGCAUUUCUGUUAACGAUGCUUUUGUAUUGAAGGCGUGGAAGAAGGAUUUGGGUAUUGGAGAUGAGGUUAUACUUGUUAGUGAUGGGAAUGGAACUUUUACAAAGGCAAUUGGGUGUGAAUUGGAUCUCAGUGAUAAGCCAAUAGGUCUUGGAAUUAGGUCUAGAAGGUAUGCGAUGUUGGUUGAAGAUGGAGUUGUGAAGGUGUUGAAUUUGGAAGAAGGAGGUUCGUUUACUUUCAGCAGUGCUGAUGAUAUUCUCAAAGUUCUGUAAGUUUUUUGAAUGUGUUUUCUUUCUAAUAAGAUUCAUGUUGUUUGAUGAAAUGUCAUCUUGAUUUUCUUGAAAUGAAUCAGAAUAGUGGAUAAUUUGGUUAAACUGUUCUUGAAUUGGUAAACUUUUGAUAGGUAUUAUCAAUUAAGUGAAUUUUCAUG